CAGUCGAGUGCCCGCACGCGGCGAGCGAUGACGUGCCGCCAGCGUGAGUGUGUCGCGUGGCGCGAACGGCCGCGCGACUUGUGACCCCGUCGUCGGCAUGUGAUGUUCCGGAGACGCGCGCUGCGGCGGCGGCUGGAGGCGGCCGGCGCGCCUUCCUUGUCCGACGACCAGCUGCGGCGGCUCGCGAGGGCGUUGGACGCGGGCGCCGUCGGCGGGGAGUGCGUGCCGGCCGGUCACGCCGCCUCACAACUCCGACUUGCAGUCACCCGCCUCUCCAGGUUCCCCGACCUAAAAGACUCCAGCGAACUUCGCCGCCUUCCCCUGUGCGCUGACCAGCAGUGCUGCAACCCGUACCACUGGAGCCGUCUCUGCAAGCCCGAAACCCCUCCUCCACCUUAUAGUCGAUACGCAAUGGAAGACCUCAAACCUAAAGAGCAUGGCGAGAGUACAGAGGACGCCCGGAGGACGGACCAUGAGCGGCUUGUCUCAGGAUCCCUGGCUACUGACGGUGAAGAACGCCAGAGCUGGGAUUCAGAAUGGUGUCGGCUCGCGUAUUGGGAAUUGACCCAGCGCGUGGGUCGUCAGUUCGGUGUCCGUUUGAGGGCGGUAGACGUGUUCGGUGGGGGCGGAGGGGCCUGUGGGUCUGGGAGACAUGGGCUGUGCUUGGAUGCCUUGGAUCAAAGGGUAGAUGGACAUCAGGCUGAUCAGGUGAAGAAAACAAGAGCAAAGAUCGGGUUAGGUGUCACCCUGUCACUGGAAUCGGACGGGGUGUGGCUUUACAACCGCAGCCAGGAGCCAGUGUUCGUCAGCUCACCAGCACUGGACGCUGCCGCAGCCAAGGCCAUGCUCGUGUGGAGAGUGGCUCCAGGCCACUGUCUCUGUAUCUUCGACCCUUCUUGUCCACCCCCAGCGAUCUCCCUACCCCACAUUGGCCCUGUAGACCCAAGGUCGGUGAGGAUCUCGUUCGCAAAAGGUUGGGGACCUAAGUACUCGAGGCGGGAUGUGACGGCGUGUCCAUGUUGGCUGGAGGUACUGCUUGCACCCCCAAGCUGACGCAAGUAAAGUGCAGUGGAUUUUGUGUGGCUGUUAGCUUUGAGAGAUUUGAGUACCUAUUACCUAAACCCACGGGUACUCCCCGCGGUGUGCUGAUUGCCCAAAACUGAUAAUGUAAAACACGAUUGCAGAUAAAAUAGGUCAUGUUAACAUCGAUUUCAGAAGCAGAUUACUUUAAUCACCAUUAGGUAUAACUUUUCUCAGUUCCCUCAAAGCAAACAGUCACACAGACAUAUUAUGAACUUAAAACAGUGGAAAACGGACCAAAAGUGAAGUGAACAUUUUCUAAUGAACUCAGUGAAGUUUUGUUUAAUGGACAUUAUUAUUUUGUACACUCGUUGCCAUGGAAAAGUCUUCAUCUAGAGAUAAAACAAGAAAUAGGGAACAUGCUCAUUCCCUCUAAAAAUUAGAGCAUUAAAUAUACACUGAUACUUAUGAAGUAGUUAAUACUUAGAUACAAAAUUGUUUUUAUUCCUUGGUUGACCAAUUUUUCAGGGCCUCGAGUGUACAGUACAGUGCGUUGCACACAUAUUAGAACCCGGAUCUGGGUGAUUUUUAUACAUCUUGUUGGGAAUAAUGGUACAUUAUUGUUUUGUUAUCAUUAUGGAUUUGUUACUUAAAUUAUUACCCAUUAUGCCGUGGAUAUUUCUAAGAGACUUAUAUAAGACUAGUCUACCCUUACUUUGCUUGUUACUCUCGCUCCAUAUUGCGCGCGAGAGUACCAAGACGGCAGAAUGUGUACUUUUUUAUUCAGUCAUUUUUGACAAUUACCAUAAUAAUGUAAAUAGUGCAGGUUAUAUGCGAUGUACGAUGGUGUUGUUGAUGGAUUCAUGAUGUAAUGGACAAAUCUGAGGAGGAUAAUAUUGAUCAUUCCCAUCCUAUCGACAUUCUUGUUCAUUCAUUCACAUCAGUUCAUUACUCCAUUUUGAAAGUGCCAUUUUAGCUACUCUCUUAGAUUGGAGCUAGCCAAUUUAGUUGUGGAGUAACUAGUUCAGCGACCCUCAGAUUUCUCUCUUGUAUCACAAGUCCUAUCAAAGUUGAGGCCUUAGAUGCGGAGUAUAGUGAUCUAUACAAGUUUUCUAAAAUUGUACAUAUUGUAUAAACUCGGCUUUAAGACAUGCGAGACUGUAUAUAUAGUGUUACAUGUAUGUACUAUAAAUAUUUGUAAUUAAUUAUUUAUAAUUAUGGAAUAUGCCUUACCUUAGCAUGUAACUAUUUAAGUGUUAGUCUAUAAUUUCAACAUUUUUUUUUACAAAAGCGUACGUAUACAUAAUGGAAAUAUAAUUUGACACAAUGUUUGUAUUGGAGAAUUCGUUUAAAGUGGAAAAGGCUGUGUGAAAAGCAUUUUUAUUGACCUCAAGUGGAAAAAUCAGUGUUUUGAGAGAUUUUUAAUAAUAUUCCAUGGGUAUAAAAGCGUGCUGUUAUAGGAAUUCGAAUUCGACCAUCGGACCAAGAAAAUUAGUUAAUUACUUGGCAACGAUAUAAACCUUUUUAUACGUAUGGCAUUAUUAUACGGAAUGUCUCAAAAUCGAUUCGUAAUUAUCUCAGUUUUGUGAGUUAUGGGAGCAACAUGGAUUCGCUUAGAGUUUUAAACAAUUUAAGUUUAAAGAAAGAUCUGCCGAUAUAAUACUUUUGUAAAAGUGCAAUCUUAUUGAAUUAAAUAGUUUUAAUGACAGAUAAUAAUGUGCCUUGCGUUAUAAUGGAAUAAUAAUAUUAAAUAAUCGGGUUAUCCUGAAUCGUAUGUAAGAAACAGUCAAUUUCACUGGCCUAUAAGAAUUCUAUACAUAUAUAUACAUUAUAUAAUAUGAUUUUUAUUGUGAAGCUUGCUUCCCACUACGGCGUAACGUUGGCUGAAGAAAAAUUUGAACAAAAUUCUUAAAUGUAUCUUUUAGGAUGUAUGUUACGCCCUAGUGGUGGGCAGGCGUAAAUCCUCGAAUUUAAGUGUAUAAUCGCUUAGACAAAGUGAUUGGACAAUAAGAAAUAAAAUCUAGUCUAUGUAGCGACAGUGCUUGUUCGUUCUGUUCCAGCAGUGAGUCAGGCCAGUUUGGACCAUUUUAGACUAUAAACGUCUAUUUUCUAUAAGAUUUUUAAGUACAAUGAUAAUAAAUAAAAAAUCAACAAUAAAUAUUGGACCCAAAGAGAAGAAAAAUCUAUUUAAAUCAAUUAACUUUUUUGUCUACAAUUUUUUCUAUAACACUCACUGUGCAAUAACAUUGUACUAAAAAAUCUGUAGCAUUUGUUUUUUUGAAAAAAUCAUGUAAAUAAUGCGAAUGGCAGCUUGUUCACAAUAAAUUGUAUUUUAUGCAGUCACAAAAGCAUAAUUAUGAGUUAUUUAUUAAUGUUUCGGGGUAAAGCUGUUUAGUCAUUGCAUUAGACUGAUGUAGCGCCUUAAACGAAAUAAGUUUUGACGUAUUUUUAAUUAUUUUUAACUUUAUAAUUCAGCAAUAACAUAUUUCGUAUUUUUUUUCUCAUCAUGUUAUGUCUCCCAUAAUAGCUAAAAAGAUAAUUGGAAAAUCGUCAAGUUGUCUGUUUUUUUGAGAAAGUAUUUAAAAAAACGUCAAAAGCUAAAUAUAAUAUAAAAUUGAAUAAUGUAGAUAGUAAUUGUUCUCCCUGAUUCGCCGGUAAAUUGUUGUGAGUUUGACUGAAAAGAUGGAUGAAAUUAGAUUAUGAUAAAUUAUAAAUAAAAGAGAAAUAUUUUUAAAA